CGACUCAUUUCAGUAGCGGAACGCGGCGCGAUUGUAGACGGUUAUCAUUCGCUCGCUUCCGGUUUAUUUAUUUCCGGUUUACGCAGUGUUUUACGUUUUACGGUACCGGCAAUAACGUCGGGUUUGAUCGAAUGCGUAAACCGGUUUCUCUUGGUGUGGUUGGUUUUGUUCAGCUUUGCGCGUACCAAUAUAAAUCAACAAAAAGACAGACGACAAAAAUCAAAUUUGUCAUUCACAUCACCGCGUCUCCGAUACGAUCAAUGAGAGACGUAGAAAAACUGGUCCAGCCUCAAACCGAUAUAAAGAUGUCAAAUUCGAUAUUCAGCAGGUAGGACGUGAUAAGAAAAGAAACCUGGCGAAUUAAAUUACCUUUUAGGAACAACCGUUAAUUCCUUACCAGUAAAAAGAUCGAUAGUUUUUUUCAUGUUGUCGUCUUCCUGCAACCGAGACAAUUCUAAUGAGCGUAGAACGGCGUUUCGACAGUGUUCCGGUGAUAAUUUUUUCUUAUAAUGUGCGAACUUAAAAUGGAAAUCGUUUAGAUGUGACCGUGUCGGGCUUUUUGAAUGUUGCUGCAAUUUCUUAAAAUUUAUGGACACGUCUUGUUCGUGUACGUAAAAAUGCGUCGAAGGAAGCAUCAGUUGGACUGAAAAAGGUAUAAUUUUUAGGAACUUAUGAGAGCUGUUUUUUCUAUUGGAUUGAAAAAAUAAGCCCAACUACCAGAACGGAUUAAUUUUUAAGUGUUACAGUGAAGUGUAAAGUGCAAAAAUAAAAUGCAAUAAAUAGAGUGCAUAUAUGUCAUUUGAGUGCAUCCAAUACACAGUGUGAUAAGUUUGUUACAAAUUCUGUGAUCAAACCCGAAGUCAGUAGCAUGAGUUCGUAUUUUGCCAAUUAUAUGCCGGACAUGCGAAAUGGAGGUGUGGUAUCGGCGGAACACCAACAGCACCAUUACGGACAGGUACCUCAGGGUGGUGGAGCUGUUCAGACCGAUCCGGCGGCUUGUGCGGGGGAUCCUUCUGUGGUGGGGUUACGGCAGGGAAUACCUCCUCACCAUUAUGGAGGACCUCCGGCUGCGGGCCAACCUCCACAAGGAAUGCCUUAUCCUCGAUUCCCUCCUUACGACAGGAUGGAUAUUAGGAAUGCGGGAUAUUAUAAUGCGCAACAGAUGGACGGAACUCAAGGUGAGUUGGAAUGUGUGGCCGGUUACCGACCAGACAGUCCCAGCAGUAUGGGUCAUAUGGGUACGGCAGCAGCACCCAACGGCCACCAAACCCCAGUGGUCUACCCCAGCUGUAAGCUGCAAGCGGCUGCGGUAACCCAAAAUGGGGUUCUUGGCCCCACCGGUAGCCCUCCGCUGGAUACCUCGCAAGCUCUUCACAUGGGACACCAUAUGCAGGAGCAACACCCGCAACACCACCAGCAACACCAUCAGCAACAACAUAUGAUGUACAGCGCGCAGCAAAAUCCUACUAUGCAUCAGCAAGCUGCGCAUCAGCAGCCUCCGUUACAAGGUCAACAACAAGGACAGCAACCGCCUAAUAAUACUGCGUCUGCGUUGCCCAGUCCUUUGUAUCCUUGGAUGAGAAGUCAGUUCGAGCGUAAAAGAGGCAGACAAACCUACACUAGGUACCAAACGUUAGAACUGGAAAAGGAAUUCCACUUUAACCGAUACCUUACGAGGCGGAGGAGGAUAGAGAUCGCACACGCUCUGUGUCUAACAGAGAGGCAAAUAAAAAUCUGGUUCCAAAACAGACGAAUGAAAUGGAAAAAAGAAAAUAAAACUAAAGGGGAAGGCGGCUCGGAAAAUGGCGGUGACGACAUUAGUCCGCAGGGUUCUCCUCAGUAAAAAAAUUAGUUUUUUCUUAUGGGUAUAAAACCCAAUGAACCGAACAGAGUACCUAAAUAACCACGUUAGUCAUUGCAUUUUAUUUUCAAGGUGCGUGAAUGAAUUUUUUAAAAUAACAAUAAUAUAUUGUUUGUUUCUUUAUUCGGCACUUUGGACUGAGUUUAAUGAACAAGUUAACACAAAAAACAGCUUGAACUUGUUUUUAGACUCAGUCCAUUCAAAAUUGACUUUACAACCGUAAUGACCUCCUUUUUCUGUGUAUAAUUAGUUUCAAGUUAAAAAUGAGUUUAUUUAUUAUUUAUAUAUUGUAGAUAAAAUAGAUUUUUUUAUAUUAUUUUUUAGUUUUUAAUUUAGGCGCGGAUUUCUUUUCUAAUAAAUUUACUUGUAUGCUAAGAAAAUAAUAGUAAGAGAAAAUAAUUAAAAUAUAGUACUUCCUUGAGCUAUAUAAAGUGUAUGUAGAAUGAAGUUUUUUUUUUUAACUAUACUAGCAUAAAAGUGCUCCGUGCAAUGUCAUCUUAUUUCCGGUGUUCUGAAACUCAUGUUGCUAUAUCUGGCGUUUUUAUUGCACUUUGUUAAAAUUUAUUUACUUUUUUCUUAUAUUUCAAUUGGGGCUAAAUCAGAUGAUCUUGAAGGAAGUGCCAAAACUUUUACUCUAGCAUUGUAGAAAAGAGUACCUCAAGGAGAGUUUAGAGCAGCUCAUAGAUUGUGAUUGUAUCCUGGGGUUUUGAAGCAGCAUUAGUAUUAUAUGGUAUUUAAAAAUCGAUCUCUAAAACCUAAAAGUCUCUAAUGACUAACAUAUCGUUUUGUGGUCUCUUAAACUAUUAAAACUCCUCAAAUUUAAAAAAAGGUACUUGUUUCUUUUUACUUUUAUAUCAAAAAAUAGAGAUUAUGAAUCACAACUCAUAUACAUUGCAUCUUAUUUCUGUGAAUAUUCAUAAGGAUCUAUUAUAUUAUAACGAUUAUUUAUAAUAGGGUAAAUAUAGGCUAAUUUUGAAUCAUGAACUUUUUCAAAGCAUUCUGCUCUUUAAUUACUAGAGCUUCUUAAAUUAAAAUAUUUAAUUCAUCAUGUUUAUAGUAAUUUUUAUUAUUUGGAAAUUUUGAGUUUAAGAAAAUAUCAAAAGUUGAAUAUUUUAUUUUUGA